GGUAAGGUCAGGAGACCCAGGGACAGAGUACUCUGCUGAGAACUGAAUCAGUGACCACCUGGCUUCCAAUGAGAACAGACAGCCAUAAUGGAACCCAAACCUCAGAAGAGUCCAGGCAAACGAUUUACAUUUUAUUAUGAAAAUGAAGUCUGCAAACAAGAUUACUUUAUUAAAUCACCACCUCCUCAGCUUUUCUUCUCCGCUUCUUCUUGGAAAAAGCGGUUUUUCAUUCUUUCAAAGAGUGGGGAAAGGAGUCUUCGUCUUUCCUAUUACAAAAACCAACAUCACCGAGGAUCCAUUGAAAUUGACCGAAAUUCCAGUGUAGAAGUUGGCAUAAGUAGCCAUGAAAAAAUGCAAUCUGUAAAUAAAAUGUUUAAAUGCUGCUCUGAUGAGGUGAUGUCCAUCAGAACCACCAACAGGGAAUAUUUCCUCAUUGGCCAUGACAGGGAGAAGAUUAAAGACUGGGUCUCCUUCGUGUCUUCGUUCUGCUGGGAUGUGGAAGCAGCACGCCAGGAUACAGAGGAGAAAUUCUCAUCGGGUGAUAAAAGGCCCUCUUCAGACCCCAGCCCUCUCUUUGAUCCUUCCAGCACAUUAGAGGCUGUCACCAGAGGCUGUCAGACACCAAGAAACAGUCUUCCGGAUGUGCAUUUAAUGGGAAAAAAAUCUCCAGGACUCAGACAAGCUCAUUUACCACACGACUUCUUGUCAGAAACUACUGAAGAUACAGAAGAAGAGAGUUAUUAUAUCAGUCCUCAAAGUAUUCUUUCGGAGUUGGAUUCUUUUAUUGCUUCCAGUGAUUCUGGUGAAUCUCCUGAACCUGGUAGUCCAGAUCAGUUCGCUGAGAGAACUGAGCAUCAUUACAUGUCAAUGAAAUCCUGUUUUUUCAGAGAGACAUCCCACGAGUCUGCUGAUAACAAAGAGGAAUCCCAGGCCCUUCCAGAGAUCCAGAAUGAGAGGCUUCACUUGCAAGAACAGGGCUCACAAAAGGACUCUUGUCUUCCACCUGCCAAUAUGGAAGCACAAACCACAAAUGACAGAAAGGAGCUGGCCUCACUUACUGUUGUGCAAUUAUCUAUACUAAUCAAUAACAUCCCUGAUGAAGACCAAGUGGAGAAACUAAAUGUGUUCCUUUCUCCUUCUGACAUCAUCAAUUAUCUCACUCUCACAGAAGCUGCAGGACGGAUAUGUGUGGCUCAGUGGCAAGGUCCCCCGCGCCUGGGAUGUAUAUUUUCUCAUGGCGAUCACCUCUUGGCCGUGAAUGACCUGAAACCCCAGGGCCUGGACGAGGCCUCCUUAUUUCUCAGCCGGUCUGUCAAGAAGGAGAAAAUAAAACUCACCAUUGGCCGGAUCCCAAAUUCAGAGAAAUUCCAUGCUGUGGCCUGCAUGUGUCCCUUAAAAUACGAACCCUUAAAACCGGUUAAGUCUGGACCAGAGAGGACACUGAAGAGGACUCCAGCCAUUAAAAAGAAUCAGCAUAAAGGAACUGGAGAGUAGCAUGCUAGGACCCACCACAGAGGAGCAAGGAUGGGCCCUGGACUCUGCAGAGGCUCCACCUCACACCUCUGUGUGAGAUGAGGCGAGUCAGCACACCUCUCUGAUUUUCUGCAUCCGUAUCUAAUAGUGGGAAUAACUCACCUCUCUGGCUGUUGCAUCAGGGAUGUUGAGAGAGCCAAGGGGGAGAAUGACUAUGGAACACAGAGGAAAUGUAAGGCCUUUUUAUCUCAGACUUUGUCCCACACACCACAGACAUUGGGUAAGUCCCUCAUCUAAAAUGCAUUGUGUGUUCUAUGAAGUUGUGGUCCACACAAUCCCUUCUUUGUUAGGGAACAUAGAGUUGGAAGUGCUCAUUCCAGGAAGACAAGAUUCCCAAGAGAAGUGAUACCGUAUCAGCCCUCCCAAACACUUCCCACUACUUGUCAUGCCCAUGGAGCAAAAUGCUGAGUGGCCUCUUGGACUCAGUAAUUAUCUUGUUUUCUUAAAGGCCCAGUAACUAUUCUAGAAGUCAAGGCAGUAGGUCAUCUGCAGCAAAGAUCUGUUUUCUCUAUGAGUAAUUAAGGCAACGACUUAGCGCUUCUACGUUUGAAAGGUCUUAACCUAUUGAUUCAUUAAUUAAUUGAUCCUACGAGGCCAAAAACAUCAAAUCUUUUCUCAUAUGCAGAAAAACAAAGGUAGAGAGUGAAAGGACUAAUCAAAUAUGGGAAAGCUGGAGCAUAAGGAAGCUUCAGAAAAUAUAUCUUACCAUGUUGUCAUUUUGUGCAGGAAGACGUCAAGGCUCCAAAUGUUUAAUAAAACAAGCAAAACAGAAACAGAUUCAUUAAUACAGAGAACAAAGUGGUGGUUGCCAGAGAGGAGGGGAUGGGGGCACAAGCAAAGAAAGAGAAGGAGAUUAAAUGGUACAAACUUCCAGUUAUAAAAUAAGUACAUCUCAGGGAUGAAAAAUACAGUUUGGGGAAUAAAGUCAAUAAUACUUUAGUGACAUUGUAUGGUGACUGCACUUACCGUGUUGAGCAGAGCAUGACGUAUGGAAUUGCUGGAUCACUCUGUUGUGCCAUAGUAUGUCAAAAAAUAACAGUAAUAAUAAUAAGAUAUUUCUUCUGUGGUUCCCAGUUUCGUAGCUGUUUAGUGGCAGAACCAAGAAUUUAAAACCAGCUCUGAGAAACAGAUAUCUUGAUCCUCACUUUGUAUUUGGACUUAGGUUUGAAAAGACCUUCAGCAGAUAGAAGCCACAUUCAAAUAAAGAUCUGUUAUCCAGAUUGUCUAAAGAUUCUUACCUACUGUUUCUUUUUUUAAGCUAGACUGAAGAAUCUGGUUUUUCCUUUGUUUUAUUAAAAUGUAAUUGACAUAUAGCAUUGUAUCAGGUCAAGAUGCACAACCAUAAUGAUCUGAUGUGGGCAUAUUCAUCUACUGUUUCUGCUUCCAGA